AGAAGAGUGCAGUGACGCAUUUCCGGUGGCGAUCCGUCUGUCAUAUGUCGGUCUUCUUUCCCGGUAGGACCACAGUCGAACUUUUCCUUCUCCAGUGCGGCCCCACACUUCACCGUCCGGGUUGUAGCUGCAGCUGUGAGGGUCUGUCUGGAGCGUUAGCUACGCGUCACAUAAGCUUCACACAGGAAUAAUGGCCAAAGUGCAAGUUUUAAAUGUUGCUGUACUGGACAACCCGAGCCCGUUUGGGAAUCCUUUUCAAUUUGAAAUAACGUUUGAAUGCAUGGAGGACCUGGCAGAAGAUCUGGAAUGGAAGAUCAUCUAUGUUGGAUCAGCUGAGAGUGAAGAAUAUGAUCAAGUUCUGGACUCGGUUUUGGUCGGCCCGGUACCUGCUGGUAGACACAUGUUUGUGUUUCAGGCAGAUGCUCCGAACACAACCAUGAUUCCUGAGAGUGAUGCUGUGGGUGUGACCGUCGUCCUGAUAACAUGCACCUACCGUGGACAGGAGUUUAUCCGAAUCGGUUACUACGUCAACAAUGAAUACACAGAUCAAGAGCUGCGGGAAAAUCCACCUCUAAAGCCGAACUAUUCUCAGCUCCAGAGGAACAUUUUGGCAUCAAACCCUCGUGUCACGCGAUUUCACAUCAACUGGGACGGUUCAGCUGACAAGAUGGAAGAUACGGAGAAUGUAGACCCGUCCCCUAAAGUGGGUGGGAUGCUCCCCCCGUUCUGUAAGCCAGGAAAGAUGCCACCUCUGGGAUUGAUGCCAGACAACUCCAUGGAUUGCAUGUAGGAAUCCAAGGAGCUUUAGGGCACGCACAUCUCAAACAAACGUCCAGAUAAGCAGGCUGUGGAGGUAAAGGAGAAGUAAGUGGACUUCCUGAAACAGCUGUGAGAACAUUGUCUCUUCAGCUCACCAAAACAGGUUUCUGGUUUGUAGACACAGAUGUCUCCCACAAUUACCCAACUUUAAUUCCUUUUUUCACAACUCUGAUCCUUUUGUAUUUAUUCACUGUUUGUAAUACAAUUAUUUGUUUUGUUUAUUAUGUUGAAGCAGUAAUCUCCAUUUCAGACUACAUACAACCAAAUGUGGUGCCUCUUUGUUGGGAUUUAAUAUACUGCCUGUCUGUUAAUCUGAUGUUAGAGGUUGAUUUCCUCUGUCAUCCAGAGGUACUGCUUUAAGGUUUUCAACAGUUCUUCAAACUAGUCCAAAUCAAAGGAUGUUGUUUGUUGAAUAAAACUCCACACAUUUGGACAGGAGGGAAAGGUUUGCUGUAUUACUGUGCUGUAAAUACUGUUUCAUAUGGGAAAGCAUUUUGUAAUCACUGUCUAUUCUCUGCCAGGGUGUUUGUGGCAGUGAUGGAAUAAAGGUUUUGACAGGGU